UACAACUUCACUUUAAUCACAUCAACAGAAAAACAACACGACAAAGCAACACAAACAAAACUAUUGAUAAUGUGAUACUGCGGGAAAUUUGGUUUUCGCUAGGAAGUACCAAAACAGCGAAACUGGCGGACGCAUGGCGCCUGUGCGGCGCGUCAUCAGUGCUCAAUGGGCCACUGAUUUCCUGCAAUAUAUACUCGAUCAGGACCGGAAUUCUAUCGUACUCGUUGUAUGUGCGGAACGAGAUUCGUUCCUCGAACAGCUGCUGGCCGCCAUACAUCUUCAGACACCAACGGCCGCCGGUCAUCACCAGUUGCUGGCCAAAACUCUCGGCCUGCUUUCCUCGUCCCGCAACAUCAGAACGGUGUUUUGCCCGACAUUGGAGCAUCUUAGAGCAUACGUUUCGACCGGUAUCGAAGGGCGCUUACCGGGGGUAGAGAAUAUACCAGAGUCGCAACCUUUGCUGGCCAUUCUAAACCCGUUAAGUUUGCAUCUUUCUACUAGGGAAUUUUCUGCCCAAGGGCUGUCUAGAACAUUUGCCAAUGCCGUGGAAGUCUCUUCGAGGGCCAAUAUGGACAUUAUGCUGUGUGAAUGCAGGGAUGCCCUAGACCCAAACAGCACCGAGCUCGGUGAAGCGCAGUGGUACGUCGACGUGCCACUGCUUAGCACCUCUUUACGUACUGGGGCCGAGGGCAGCUACUUGAACGGACGCACUGUGCCCGUCAAACGAAUAAUACAACGAUGGUUCCAAUUUAUAGAUUGAAUAUUUAAGUUGAUCAUAUCAUGGCUUCAUGCAAAUCGGAACACAAAGAUACAAAUGACUCCAAAAAAAGAUAAGCGUGAGAAGAAAACCCGGGUAUCCUCAACUUGUCCCUAACUCCGAGAAUAAGUGACCAAAACUGCAUGUUAUAAACUCUUCUCCAUCUCUGUGAUGUAAAGUUUGAUAUGGGACUCGAGCUUGAGAUAUUCAUCAUGUGCACUCUGGACCUCGCUUUCGAUAUUUUCCUUCAAGUCGGCCAUCU